AAAGAGAGAGAGAAGGCGAGAGGAAAAAAAAAAAAAGGACCAAAUGCUGCACACUCCAUAGGUGGCACUAGGGAAUGGUACAUCAAUGCUGAGCUCUAGGUCUGCAAAAGGAAAAUCAUUUUAAAUCAGCUUGCCUGGAAGAGAGGAUUCUGCUGAUUAAAAAACAAAAAUGUCUGCAAAGGAACGGCAAAAGAUGAGGGUCACAAAAGACAGCGUCACAUUACUCCCAUGUUUUUAUUUUGUAGAGCUUCCUAUCCUGGCUUCAUCGGUGGUCAGUCUGUACUUUCUGGAGUUAACAGGUGUCUUUAAACCAGUUCAUUCAGGAUUUAGCUGCUAUGACAGAAGCCUUAGCAUGCCCUAUAUCGAACCUCAUCAAGAAUCAAUCCCAUUUUUAAUGUUACUCUGCUUAGCAUUUGCUGGACCAGCAGCUACAAUAAUGGUCGGUGAAGGUGUCCUAUACUGCUGUCUGUCCAAAAGAAAAAAUGGGAUGGGAGCAGAAGCAAAUAUCAAUGCUGGAGGAUGCAACUUCAACUCCUUUCUAAGAAGAGCUGUCAGGUUUAUAGGUGUCCAUGUCUUCGGACUUUGCUCUACAGCUCUCAUUACCGAUAUUAUCCAGCUCUCCACUGGAUACCAGACCCCUUAUUUCCUGACAGUCUGUAAACCCAACUACACAUCCUUAAAUGUGUCCUGCAAAGAAAAUCCAUAUGUGCUGGAAGACAUUUGCUCAGGGCAAGAUCUUGCUGUCAUUAAUGCUGGCAGAAAAUCUUUCCCCUCUCAGCAUGCCACCCUGGCAGCAUUUGCAGCUGUUUACAUUUCCAUGUAUUUCAAUGCAACAUUGACAGAUUCAUCAAAGUUACUGAAACCCCUUCUGGUGUUCUCCUUUAUAAUAUGUGGAAUUAUAUGUGGCCUCACCCGUAUAACUCAGUACAAGAAUCACCCAAUAGAUGUUUACUGUGGCUUCCUCUUGGGAGGUGGAAUAGCCAUUUAUUUGGGCCUUUAUGCUGUUGGAAACUUUCAGCCCAGUGAAGACAACAUCCCACAGAAGCCUCCUCCACCACUCAGAGAGCCAUUAAGGUCUUUAACAGACAUUAGCCAAGACACAAGUAGGAUACUACCAGGAAAAAAUGGCAGCAGCUGUGAUGGUAUUUCAACUCACCCCUCUGAAAAUAUCUUGAACAGAAACAAUAGAGAAUCAGGCUCGCUAACCAAUAUAAAAAGAGCAAGUACUGAUGUAGAAGUAAUAACCCCUCGAAGCCCCAUGGGCAAAGAGAACAUGGUCACUUUUAGCAAUACUCUACCUAGAGUACAUACGCCUUCAUUUGAAGAUCCAGCUAGGAGGAAUGCCACAAUCCAUGCUUCAAUGGAUUCAGCGCGGUCAAAGCAACUUCUUUCUCAGUGGAAGACUAAAAAUGAAUGUCGUAAACUGUCUUUGCAGGUAAUUGAGACAGAGGCUGGUCUCUCUCCACAAAGAAUUAUAGAAAUGAGGUCAAGCUCUGAGCCUGUAAGAGUUGGUGUCAAUGGAGACCAUAUUGGCCCGGGAAACCCAUAUAUUAAAUUACAGCCUGGUAGUAUUCCGGGCUGUAACAACACAGGUAUUCCCGGUGGCCCCAGAGUUUCUAUACAGUCACGUCCUGGGUCCUCUCAAUUAGUACAUAUCCCAGAGGAAACCCAUGAGAAUAUCAUAACCACUUCACCCAAAUGCAGCUCUGCUAGAUCAAAGUGGCUGAAAGUGGCAGAGAAAAGUGUUGUAUGUAGAAGUAACAGUCAACCAAGGAUUAUGCAGGUCAUAGCUAUGUCCAAACAACAAGGGAUGCUGCAGGGUAGUUCAGAUGGAAGUACAGUUAGUUGCACUGGAUCCAUCAGAUACAAGGCCCUGACAGAACAUGAGCCAACAAACAUUGUACGGAUUGAGGCCCAUCCUGAAAACAACAGGCCGAUUAUUCAGAUGCCGUUAGAAGGAGAAGGCAGCGGAUCCUGGAAAUGGAAAGCUCCUGAGAAAGGAACGCUGCGUCAAGCUUAUGAGCUGAAUGACCUCAACAGAGACUCAGAAAGCUGUGAGUCAUUAAAAGACACUUUUGGAACUACUGAAAGAAAACGAAGCAACAUUGAUAAUGACCACCUCCUUCAUGGAAUAACCACAAUACGGGUGACACCAGUAGAGGGCAGUGAAAUUGGCUCAGAGACUGUAUCUAUUUCAUCAAGCCGUGACUCUACUCUAAGAAGAAAGGGUAACAUCAUCUUAAUCCCAGAGAGGAGUAACAGUCCAGAAAGCACUCGAAAUAUCUUCUACAAAGGAACAUCACCAACGCGUACCUACAAAGAGUGAAAACAACAUUAUGUUUCCAUUGGUUUCUACCAGAAACUGUUCUACUUUUAUACAGCUUGUGCUCUUAUUAGUUUGGGGAUAAAACAGAAAAUGACCUUAAAUGUGCCAAAAUCAGACAUGAUCAGAUGGUUUGCAGUUUUACUUUACCGUAUGGAAAAUAGAACAUUACCACCUUGUGCAGAAUGGGACU